GAAACUCGUUGGCAACAGCCCCGCGUAGUUCCGGUCAUGUGACGCCAAAAAUGUUGCGCUGGGUCUGCGUGCUUUGCAUCCUGCAUGGUGCCGUGCAGGUGCCCAGCUUCCUCCACUUCCACCGCGGUGUCCGCACCGCACCGCGGCGUUCAGCGCGGCGGUUUUUCGCGCUGCGGGCGCUGCCGCUGCAGCAGGCCGUGGAGCAGCUGCCGCCGGACGCCACGCUGCGGCUGCCGCCGGGGCGGCACGCGAACGCCGAGCCCAUCGUGCUGCGGAGGAACAUCACUUUGGAGGGCUUUCCUGGCUCUGAGAAGACCGAGCUGGAGAGCUGCAUUGUCUUCGAGGAGGGUGCCGAACGCGCAGCGUUGCGCAACCUGGACAUCAUCAACAGCCGACGCUUCGCAGCUGUACAUGUGAGAUGUUCCGGAGCUCCAGAGGUCAGUGCCUCUACGGAAGGUGACCACAGACAGACCACAGACGGAGGACGGAGGAAGGUGGAUGCAAUAUCUCCAGUUGCGGUAUUGGCAUUUUGACCGACGCUCCUUUGAACACUCUGAGCAAUCCAUUGAUCUCUGACUGCCGCAUUGGUCCCGCCUGGCAGGGCUUGGUGAUCGCUGGCCGUUGUCGCGGCACCUUUGAGCGCUGCGUCAUCAGCGACUGCCGCAGUGCGGGGAUCCGCCUGCGCAACGAUGCGCGACCGGUGCUGCGGGGAAAUCUGGUGGUGGGAUGCCAGGGUCCAGGCAUGGUGGUAUGGAACCGUGCUGAAGCACAGAUGGAGGACAACGUCUUUUUGGACAACGGAGCGUCGGAAACACCGGAGGAAACACUGGAGACCUGAGCUGAUCUACGGCCCCUCGAUGACUCGAUGACUCGGUACCAGUUCCAGACCCGACACGGAGGACGCCUUGGGAGUCGAGCAGUGGAACAUGAGUUGCUAAGAUCAGGACUGGCAGUUGCUGGUGAAAAUCCCCAAAAUAUCCAAA